AAACAGUUGUUUGAUAUUCUUUAUGCACACAAGAUUUUUGUUUUAAUUUCAGAACCUCCACCUCGCCCAAUUGAAAAAGCCAAUCAAUUCUUAGACAUAAUGCUUCAACAAUUAGAGGCACUAUUAGGACUAAGUGGCAUAUAUUCAAUUGAUUUUGCUCCCGGGGCAACACGUGAAGACGUUAAAAAUAUAAGAAGAGCAUAUGUUGUUUGGUCUUUAAGAAGUGCAAUCACACGUCGUAUAUUAGGUGCACCUGAUGACGCCCCUAUAUUACCUAAGUGUCGUUUGCUAGCAUUGUACUUGAGUACACAAUCUCCAUUAGCAUACAUAGAAGAAGUUAACAUUGACCCAACUGGCCAUACAUGUAUCUUCAAGGAUAGACAUCAUUUCGAAAAGAGAUACAGUAAAAUCGGUGGCUCGUGGUCAGAAGUAGACGGAAAUGGCCAAUUCCGAGAAACACUCGAGACACAAUUACAACGUAUACAACCACAAGUUCCACCCACAUCCUAACCUAAUGUCAAAAAAACAGUGGCCUCCGUAUUCUGUUCUUUACAUAAUAUAUUAUAGUUUAUCUUAUUAUUAUCACUAUAUACACUAUAAAAUCAGAAUUUUUAAAAUAUUAUACAUAUAUUUAAGCUGACGGGAAAACAACCGUCUUUGGAUUUUUUCAAUAACAUAUUUCAUAUAAUACAUUUUUUU